UUCCAUCUUUGCGGAGGAAUUUGAACUCCUUCUCCAGAUAAUCCAAAAGUUCGAAGCUUUCACCCUGAUGUGCGCCAUACGUUCAAUCCACUCCACCCCACGCCUUAUCCUUCUUCUCCUCCACUCGCUCACCAACCUCUAAAGAUCCCAUCUUGCUCCUGUUUUUUCUCUUUUAUCUCAUUGCCCAUCAAGUGUUCGACGAAAGACCCAGAGAACUUUUUGAGUAUAAAUCUCAGCCAAGAUGUCUGCCGUGCCUGCCACGACUCCCACCAUCCUCACCGCCCCGCUUCUCCGCUGCUGCCUCCCCAUCGUCUCCGCUCGGCCGCUGGUUCAUGGUGCCUGCCCUAAGGCUGCGAGCAGGAGAAGUAUUUCGUGCCUGGUCGCUGUCACAACUGAGGUCUCCUCUUCUUCCUCGGAGGAUGCAGAGGGAUCCGAUGCCGAAUCGAAGGUCGGUGCUAGGGUUCGGGUCAACGUCCCUUUGAAGGUUUACCAUGUUGGGAAGGCUCCGGAGCUGGAUCUUUGUGGAAUGGAAGGGGUUAUCAAACAGUAUGUAGGGGUUUGGAAGGGGAAACGGAUCUCUGCUAAUCUUCCGUUUAAAGUUGAGUUCUUUGUCUCGGUUGAAGGGCAGAGCAAACCCGUCAAGUUUUUUGUUCAUCUCAAGGAAGAUGAAUUUGAGUACCUGCCAUCGGAUUGAGGGCGUGAGAAGGUGGAAUUGCUGUAAAGGCCCGGUCUUUUGGAACCCAUGGCUGGGGAUUUGGGGAUCUUUGCCUUCCGUAUAAGGGGUAAUGCAAUGGUGAUUGUGAAAAAUAAAUGUUAGAUGUUGGAGAGAGGGAGCAAUCCAACUAGUCGUUUAUAGCCAAGUAAGCCUCUUUUAUACUCUCUGAACCCCUUAUUUUCCAUCAUGUUUUUAUGGGUAAUUGAGGGACACUGUGAAUAAUGGAAGCUGAUUCUGCUGUAUAAUGGAAUAUAGAUUGUCGAAUGCUCAUUUCAUUCUUAAUUUGUUUUUCUGCUUUCUGAGCUAGUUUCGCUAUGAUACGGUUCAGUGUC